AAGGUCCCCAGCCGACCUCUGGCCCCAGCCGGACUCUGGCCCCCAGCCGCACCUCGGUGCCCCGGCUGGACCCUGUGCCCCAGCCAUGGAGCUGCUGAGUGCCUGCAGCCACCCGUGCUGGUCCCUGCUCUCGCUGCUGCUGGGGCUGCUCCUCUGGGCCAGGAGGAGACGCGCCUGGGACCCCUGCAAGUGUCCCACUGACCUGACCGGCAAGACAGUUAUUGUCACCGGAGCCAACAGUGGGAUUGGCAAGUAUGUGGCCCUGGACUUGGCGCGCAGGAACGCCCGCACCAUCCUGGCGUGCCGGAGCCAGGAGCGGGGCCAGGUGGCAGUGGAGGAGAUCCGGGCGGCCACUGGCAACCCCGCGGUGCUGCUGCGGCUGCUGGACACCAGCUCGCUGGCCUCUGUGCGCACCUUCGCCCAGGCUGUGCUGCGGGAGGAGAAGCGGCUGGACGUGCUGGUGAACAACGCUGGCCUCACUGGGCUGCCCUUCACCAUCACGCCGGAGGGGCUGGAGCAGACCUUUGCCACCAACUACCUGGGCCCGUUCCUGCUCACCAACCUGCUACUGGACCUCCUGAAAGCAUCAGCACCUGCCCGCAUCAUCAAUGUCUCAUCAUUCCGGCAUAGCGCGGGCACAGCCGACAGCCGCUGCCUCACCGGGCAGGAGCGGCUCAGCAGCUUUGAUGCCACCUACAACAGCACCAAGCUGAUGAACAUCCUCUUCACUGCCGAACUGGCACAGCGCCUGCAGGGCACAGGGGUGACCGCCAAUGCCCUGAGCCCUGGCGUGGUGAGCACUGGCAUCAUGCGCCACUUCAGCUGGGCCGUCCGAGUGCUCUUCACUCUCAUCCGCCCCUUCAUAAAGUCGGCAGAGCAGGGGGCUGUCAGCACCAUUUACUGCGCCGUCUCGGAGGAGGUCUCGGGCAUCACAGGCAAGUACUUCAGUAGUGACUGCAGGCUGGCGCUGCCCUCCAGGGCUGCCCGCGACCCCGGCCUCGCUCGCAAGCUCUGGGAAGAGUCAGAGCGGCUGACAGGGCUCACUGAUGGCCCUCGGCCCUGAGCCACCAGCAGCACUGCAGGGAGACACAGCAGCAGCUGUGCUGGAGUCCCCACAGCUCCCUGGGACACGGGGCUGUAUGCUGCCAAUGGGAUGCUGGCGCCAGGGCAUGGGGAGCUGCCUCAGCCCCAGCUGUGCCGGUGUCCUGAAGCACAGCAGAGUGGGGUCACCGCACCUGAGCCAGCCCCCCAGCCCCUUCCCAAAAGGGAGAGCAGCCACGGGGCCCAGCCACACCAGGACUGCCACCGCAGCGGGGCACAGACGAUGCAGUCGGCGUGGUGUAACUCCUUUAUUAAAAAGCCCUGUGCAGCCA